AUGGCCGACGCAGUUGCACCCGCAGCUGGACCGGAGGCGGUUCCGGAAGCACAAGCUGGUGGAGUUUGGCAGCUUAUAAAGCAAGCAGUCACAAUCUAUUUCUUUGUUUCAAUGGUUACGAGCUACUUUCGUCCAUCCACUCCAGGUGCGAAUACCAAUGUAACCUCAUCAGCACCAGGAAACAAGGCAGCGAACUUGUUCCACAAUAAUCAAUUAUUCGAUUUAUAUGUUUACUUGGAUGAAAAUGACCUCCCAUUCAAACAGUUCGAUUCAGCACCAGAAAAACUCAUUUGGAUGAGAAACGCAAUGAAAUACGAUGACUGGACAAGCGGUGAUAACGAAGAUGGAAGUUUCACUAUUCAUAAGACAUUCCCAACUCCAGAAGCAUUGCUUCGAAACGAAUCAAUGUAUCUGCAUACAUUCAUCGUUAAAACCGGACAAUCGCCGAACCCGAGAGAUAGGAAUUAUUUCAAAAACCAAGUGAUUUACAAAAUGCAUCAACUGAAUAAGUAUAAGAAGAAAUACUAUAAAAAGACUGCAAACCUUCUAACUGGAGAAAGUGAUCAGAGUGAAGAAGAUUUGGCAAAGGCUCACAUCAUGAAAUAUGAGGUGCUCAAUCACUGGCAUCCGAAUAUUUCAAUCUCCCUUAUUGUCGAUCAAACACCAUGGGUUCGAGGAUCGAUUCCUCCACCUCUGAAUGAAGAUAUCGAGUUUAAUGAAGAUGGAAGUGUCUACAAACCAAUUCUAUUCUACAAUAAUUGGUGGAAUCUUGGAGCUGACUAUCAGCCAAUCAAUGAGACAGUCAAAGAACUCAAUUUAACAAUCACUUAUUACCCAAUGUCAGUGUUCAAAUAUCAAAUGUACGCAAGCCAGAAAAUGCAAUCAAAAUGGCAAUCUAUGCUGUCCAUGGAAGGCGUUGAUUCGGACGGUGAAGAGCAUGACUCUAUGAAACAAGCUCUUCUGGAGACAAAUCCUAUCCUGCUGGCUGUUACAAUGAUUGUAUCACUUCUUCACACUGUUUUUGAAUUCCUUGCUUUCAAGAACGAUAUUCAGUUUUGGAAUAAUCGAAAAGAUCUCGUCGGUUUGUCCGUUCGAUCUGUUUUGUUCAACAUCUUCCAAUCGCUCAUUGUCUUUUUGUACAUUUGUGAUAACGAGACGAACACAAUGGUGAAAUUCACUGUUGGAAUUGGAUUGCUCAUCGAGUGUUGGAAAAUUCCAAAAGUUAUGAAUGUAUCCCUCGACAGACAAUACAAAUGGUUUGGAAUCAUUCCGCGUAUCACAAUCGCCGAUAAAGGAUCAUAUGUGGAAAGUGAAACUAAAGUGUAUGAUCAAAUGGCAUUCAAGUAUCUCGGAUGUGCUCUUUUCCCACUGCUCGUUGGAUACGCUAUCUAUUCAGUCAUCUAUGUAGAACAGAAAGGAUGGUACUCGUGGAUUCUCAAUAUGCUUUAUGGGUUCCUUCUUACAUUUGGUUUCAUUGCUAUGACACCUCAAUUGUUCAUCAACUACAAAUUGAAAUCCGUUGCUCAUUUGCCAUGGCGUAUGCUUACAUACAAGUUCAUCAAUACUUUCAUUGAUGACUUAUUUGCUUUUGUCAUCCGAAUGCCGUUGCUGUACCGUAUCGGAUGCUUCCGUGAUGAUAUCAUCUUCUUGAUCUAUCUCUACCAACGUUGGGCGUAUCGUGUUGACCCCAGCCGUCUCAAUGAAUUCGGAACGAGUCUUGAAAAAGAAACCGGUGCUGCUCCAGUUGAAGGAUCUCAACCAGAUAGUAUUCAAGGACAAGAACAGAACAGUGGAGGAGAUAAUGACGUUGAAGACAAGAAAACCAAGUAG